UGAAAGGCGAGUGGCUGCUCCGGGCUGGGCGGCCAUAAUAGCGCCCCGCCCCGCCCCGGCGCAUGCGCGGCAGCGGCAGCCCCGGCGAGAUGGCGGCGGCGGAGGAGGAGCCGAGGCGACGGAUCCCGCUGGUGCCGGAGAACUUGCUGAAGAGGAGGAAGGCCUACCAGGCCAUCAAGGCCACCCAGGCCAAGCAGGCGCUGCUCAACAAGCGGAAGCACCAGAAGGGAAAACAAAUCCACUUUAAACGCCUUGAGACUUUUGUACAAGAUUCAUGGCGCAAACACCGAGAUGAUGUCCGGCUGAGGCGCAUGGAGCAGAGACCUGGACAGACGGCUGUGCCUCAGGAGCACAAACUAGCCUUUGUUGUGCGGAUUGUAGAUAUUACAGGAGUGAGUAGGAGGGUGAAAAGAGUGAUUGAGUUGCUGCGACUGAGAAAAAAUUUCACUGGAACAUUUGUUAAACUGACCCCUUUAUCACUGAAGAUGCUGCGGAUUGUGGAACCUUACGUGGCGUGGGGACACCCUAACCUGAAGUCUGUACGAGAGCUCAUCCUGAAACGGGGCCAAGCCAAGAUUAAGAAAAAGAGGAUGCCUCUCACAGACAAUAUGCUGAUAGAGGAACAUUUAGGGGACUGUGGUAUUAUUUGCCUGGAAGACCUUAUUCAUGAGAUCUACUCAACUGGGAAGUAUUUCAAAAAAGUCACAAGCUUUCUAUGGCCAUUCCAUCUGUCAGUGGCUCGUCACGCUUCACGUAACAAAGUUGGUUUCCUCAAGGAAAUGGGUAAGCCUGGCUGCAGAGGUGAAGCAAUCAACCAGCUCAUACGUCAGCUGAACUAGUCAGGAUCUUUGUGAAAACUUCAGGAUUUACAACCUGUUCCUGUUCACAUACAGUUUUCAUGGACAUUAUACAGGGAUAUACUCUAUCUCUUGACUGUUGGUGCCUUUAUGAAAAAAGAAAAAAUACACAGAUUAUGAUGGAUGGAGAUGGACUUUGGGCUGGUCCUUCUAAAAGAAGCUAAAUUGUAUGUGGUACAAGAAAGAAAUGACAUGAACUUCCCAGAGCAAUCUGACUUUGGCAUCUCUGUCAAACAAGUUUUUUUCGUACUCAUUACUGCUGGCUCUGUGCCCAUCACCUUCUGUUCUCCUGAUCUUUGGUAUAAAGCAGUGGUGGUCAGUUCCUGAUUUAAAUUUCUGCUACAGCUGAUUUGCACUCACUGCUUUGAUGCAGUCCUCCCCUGGGGAAGUACACGUCCUCCUAGGUGUAAAGGAAUAUAGUGCUGUCAGCUGUUCAAGACUUGCUGACAGGCAGAAGAAAACACAGAAAACUGUUUCUCUGAUCCUGCAGUGCAAGCCCUAGUAGGGAAUAAUGUAACAUUUUUUCAAAGCACCUAGAUUUUAUUUAUUUUAAAACACAAUUGAUUUUGGGCUACUGCUUUAUGAAAGGCUGCCUUUUCAAUUCUGCUAGAUUGAGAUUGCUGGAGAGAACUAUUUCAUGGUAAAAAAGCCCAGAAAUUUCGUAAUACAGCGGUGGAAUAGAUGUAGUCCAUGGUUUUUAAAUAAACUUUUGAAGAUACAAUGUUAAAA